UCCGGAGAGGGAGGAGCUUGGUCACAUGACCAAGCGCCGUCCAGCUGACAAACAUGGCGUCUAUCUAUGUAUGAGAGCGCUGCUGUCUGAAAAUCGACGUUUGUGUGGAUCAGCGCGACGCACUUCACCCCUGUCCUGAAAAUCACGAUGGACGGGAGACUCGGACUCAGGAACAGAUGGAAAAGAGGGAUGGACGCUCUGCCCUGAUGCCGCUUUUCCUGUUUCCCUUUCUGCAGAGAAGGGAUGAUUUGCUGCCUGUUGGAACGCGGAUCUUGGCGCUACAAAGCUGCGUUUAUUAUACGAGCUACAAACUUUUAAUUUAGACUCAUGCAAAGGAGCUGAUUGUAUGUCUGUGUUCUGAUAGUUCUGUAUUGAUGCCUGAGCCCAGUGUUCCGAUGGUUCUCAUCACACCUCCAGGAGAGAGAUGUGUGAAGAUCUGAGCACCAUGACCACUCUCAGCAGACUUUCUGUGGUUCUGUACUGGCGGGUUUCUUGAUGACUGUCAGUGGUGCUGCUGUCUCUAAUGCCUUUCCUGGCAACACCACUAUGAUCGGCUCCCCGGACGUGGUGGCUUUCACUAGAGAGGAUGAGUAUGGCCUGGCUAGUCCAGACCCGUCUACUCUCCCAGAGGAGUUUUCAGUUCCUCUUCACCCGCUGGCUGACCCCAACCCAUGGGCCAAAACCUCUUAUGCCAAAUUCACCAAAGAUUUCAUCCUCAUCUCCGAGUUCUCCGAGCAGGUUGGUCCUCAGCCUCUCCUCACCAUCCCUGAUGACCCUAAAGUGUGUGGCACCUUCGAUCUCAACUACUUCUCCCUGCGCAUCAUGUCCGUGGACUACCAAGCCUCCUUUGUGGGCCACACGCCUGGGAGCGGCUAUCCGAGGCUUAGCUUCGUGGAAGACUCCAGGGUGGUGCUGGGGGACUCUAAAGAGGGGGCGUUUGCUUAUGUCCAUCACCUUACCCUUUACGACCUGGAAGCCAGGGGCUUCGUGCGACCUUUCUGCAUGGCCUACGUUGCAGCGGAUGAGAAGAAAAUCAUGCUGCAGUUUCAAGAGUUAUCCCUCCGCUUCUCACAGGCUUCAGAGUGCCUGAAAGCCGGGAACAGGAGAGCAUUCGCCAAAGAACUCCAGAGGAAACUCCAGGACCUCGAGUACACUCACUCUGUCCUGCAGAAGGAGGAGGGUAUCCAGAGGGAGGCGGGGCCUCAGAGCAUGUACUCUGCCCACGCCGUGGAGAAGGCCAACGAACUGGCAAACGUGGAAAAGAGCAUCUACGAGCACAGGGACCUGCUGAAGCAGAUCAGCUCCUACCACCGGCGUCAGCGGCGCGACCCGUACGCCGUCAGCUGCCAGAAGUGCGUGGCCGAGUGCUUGAGUGAGUGCGAGGAGCUUUUAGACAAAUACGCCAAGCUUGCCAGCCCCUUCAGCUACAGCCAAAAAGGGCUGAUGGGAGAGGGAGGUGACGAUGGCGAAGGUGAAGAGGAUGGAGACAAUGAAGACAAACCGUCCUACACGCCGCAGCUGAUCAAAGGCAAAUCUGCCAAGUGUUUCGACAAACGCUUGAAGACCCUGCAGGAGUUGUGCGAUGAAACGUUCUACGAGGCCACCGUGGAGCUGCUGAAGGAGACUGAGAAGAGUUUCCGGGGGGAACUGUGUUGCCUACACACCCGCCGCUUGGACAGAGCGCUGCGCAGGAAGCACAAAGUGGUCAACUUCCUGUUUGAGGAGGAUCUGGACGACCAUGAGAGUGAAGACGAAGCCGGAAGACUGAGACCGUUCUGCGCUGUGAAUCAUUCCAUUGAUAACUGUGUGCAGCUGGUUCCGCCUCACAUCGUCCUCGCAACUGAAGCGGUGGACAUGAGUCAAGCAGAACAUCCAGGCCUCGUUGAUGUGGCGUUUGAGGCCAGUGCUGCUCAGGAGCUCGGAGCCGUGGAGAGCUAUCUGGAGUCCUCCGCCUCUGAUCAGACUUUAGAGACUCAGGAGAGCUCGGAGGAGACAAAAGGAAGCUUCAGCAGCGACAGAAGUGGAGUGGAUCAAGCUGAGAAACGAGAAAGUUCUGAUCCGACACCUGAUCAGAACACUGACAUGGAGCGGGAGAGCAGCAGUGAUGACAUGGAGACUACUGCAGGAGAGGAUGAGGGUGAGACCGAGGAAGACCGGACGCCUGUGUCCUUGUUGGAAGUGGCUUCUGAGCUGGAUGCGUGUAAGGAGGAUGAGUGCGAGCUGGUGUCUGAGCCGCCGGUUCCACUGGACUCUACAUGCUGCAUCGCCCAGGAGGGCUUCCUCUACGAGGCGUCCGGCCCUCACGCUGUGUCAUGUCGGGAACAUGUAGAGCUCCCUGAAACGCUGGUGGUCAACCAGGAGCCCCACGCCCUCCUCCCGCUCCAGGGCGACUACACUGUGGGGUCUCUGAGCUCAGGAAGCCCUGCAGCUGGGCUGGAGCUUCCUGUGGAGAUCUUUGGAGAUGCAGUUUCCCAGACGUCCGCAGAGGACGGGUCAGACUGCACCAUGAGCGCUUCCACUGGGUCCGAUCGAGCCGCUUCGCCUGUCGGCUUUGGGGGCAUGGCGACCCUCCGGGAGAAGAAAAAGGCUGCUCAAAGCACCUUGAGGUUUGUGCGUCAGUAUCCCUUCUCCAUGCAGGCUCUGUGGUGUCUGCUGAGCGGCAGGACUCUGGUGGUCCUCGGGGCGGAUGAGGGGAGAGUCCGCCGCCUGGUUGCUGCUCUAACUCUGUUUGUGCCGGCCGCUGGGAAGUGUGGGGAGCGGGUCCAAGCCUGGCUGUCAUGUCCCUUCACCCUCACAGACCUGCAGAGAUGGAAACUCAUCGGACUACAAAGAAUUGCAUCCCCCGUGGGCUCCAGCAUGAUCCACUCGCUGUCCCGCUACAGCCGCUACAUCUCCAUUCUAGAUGUUGACCAGAAGACCUUGCGCUGCCCUCCGUACCGCGGCCGCCUGCUCGCCAACAUCGCCGACCACCGCACCUUCAUCCGCCGGGGCUCCACCUACCUCCUCCACAUUCAGAGCACACUGUGCCGCCUGGCCGCCAAGGCCUUCCUGCUGGCCUUCACCCACCACCUCCACCUGCCGGUCAGCUCCACGGAGGGGCCCGAGGACGUGGAGGCCCGGCGGCGCUGUUUCCUGCAGGAGCAGCUGGGGUUGGAUGAGGAGGACAGUCAGAUUCUGCUGCACCUCGGCCGCCUCAUCACUCAGCAGUACCUGCAGCCCCCCAGCACUGCUGCAGCCCCAGCUUUCAGUUUUAAUUACACCACCAGCGUUUUAUACAAAAUCUGAUGCUCCCAUCGUGGGUUUUUACUGUUCUCUGGAGUUUUAUGAAGCUUUCUGCUUUGCUGGUUUUCUGAGACGGAGGGAUUCUGAAUGUCCUGGACUGCUUCCUUCAUGCUUACAUCACAGCGCAGAUGAACCCGGCUCCGUGCCUGUCAGCAUUUUUUUUUCUUCUUCUUUCACUUCCACUGUAAAAUGGAAAAAACAGUCACUUGUGUGUCUGCGAUCACUGAACACAUCAGUGUUGGUCUGACUUCUGCUCACUGGUACAGUUCCAGUUCAGAGUCAUCACUCAGCAGCUUCAGUACAAUCUAAACCAUAAGACAUUUUUGCAUCUGCACCGUUUGCUGAUCAUUUCUGAGAAGUCAUUUCUGGCAACCUGAUUGGCUGGUUACAGCACUUCCCUCCAAGUUCUUUGGUUUCCACUUUAAAACUCGAUGGCACAUUCCUGCAGAUGAAUGUUUGUUUUGAUCUGAGGAUUUCUGAAUUUUCGCCUGAACUGAUUUGAAGGCUUCAGAUUUGACUCCGCCUCCCUUCAGUCCUCGUUUAUGAGCUCGUGUCCAGUGUUACUCUCAUCAGGACCAGCAGCUACGACCAAAACCGCCACCAAUAACUGCUGCUGGUGGGCAUUUUCAUGUAUAUUAGCCACACGAUAGAUUUGAAAGCAUAUGAACUUCAAUGUAUUGAACUUCACUGUUGUCCUUAAGUUGCGUGAGUGUCGUGGUGUCAGCAUGAGACCGUCUUGUGCUCGGGUGAUCACUGUGUUGGUAACGUUUAUUGUAUUAAGAUGAACAGACUCGCCGAGGAAAGCAUCUUUUUAAUGUUACAGCUCUUUUAUUCUUUCCAGUGCCAUUAAAAUAAUCUUAAUUUAGUUUAAUAAUCUAUUUUAUUUUAUGUCACUAAUGAGCACUUUUAUUUUGUCGGGUCCUUUCUUUUAUGUUCUAGUUCUGUCAGUGAAACUGUACGGAUUUGACUUGUAGCUGUAAGCAGAAGGUCAAAUCAAAUGAACGCAUCACACUACAAGCAAAGAUUUCAACAACAAAGGUCAACUUUAAAAAGAAAAAAAGUUUUGUUUCACUUUUUGGCAAAAAUGCAGCAUGUGAAUUCUUUGUUUAAGGUGUUGCAGCAUCUUUUUAAUGUCGUGCUAAUGCAAAAAAACAUGAAUGUAACCUGAGAAAGCCAUACCACAGUGUGCUUAACAUGUUGUCACCUAGUGUCCUUACUGUGUUGCCAUUGUCAUGUUUUAGUCAUCUUUGCUGCUUCAGCCCUGCAGGAUGACCAUCAUUUCCAGUGAUUUUAAUAAAGCAUGAAUACUCUGA